AUGUCGCUGUCGCGAUUUGCGACAUCAUACAAAAGAGCACCUGCGGCCAAUGCUCUUGUUGUUGAUGCCGAUAGACACUAUGCAACAGGCGAUACGGUACCAUGGCAUUUCAUCCCUAGCAUCAUUGUCGCAUCAUUCUUUGCCAGUCUCAGUGGUACCCUGUUGACCGUUGAGUUGCUCCAGAGAAAGCGUUUGGGCAAGUCACUCAUGAGCAGAGUACAUCUUUUUGCUUGCUCGGUAAGUAUGGGCCUCAUCGGCAUCUGGUGUAUGCACUUCAUCGGGAAUCGGUCAAUCUCCUUGGGAAAUGGCGAGAGUCGGCUACAACUUGUCUAUAAUCCUGGAUAUACUGGUCUCUCAUGUGUAUUGCCAGUACUUGGUCUGACUGUGGUCUUCCAAAUUGCAGAGAUCAGCAUCAACUCAUUUGUCUUCCGAAGACUUCUUGAUACCGCCUGUGGACUUAUGGCUGGAUUGUCCAUUGUCUCCAUGCAUUAUGUUGGGAAUCUUGGUGCCUCGAAUUAUACUCUAACAUACCCCAAGCGCUAUCUUGUUGCCGCUUGCAUCAUCGCAGUCGGAGAUUCGACCAUCGCUCUUGCGCUGUUCUUUCACCUGAAAGAAAGGUGGAUCAACGUUCUAUGGAAGCGAUUUCUCUGUGCACUUUUACUUGCUGUCGGAGUAUGUGGCAUGCACUUCACAGCAUCGAUUGGCUGCCGAUACGAGCUCAAGCGCGUACCUUCGGAGGAAGCGCCCAAUGCGAGGAACAUACCGGUCAUUGUGGCAGCCACCAUGUGUUUCGUAGCAGCGGUAUCUUGUCUCAUGAUCCUGUUUUACGUUCAAUACCGCAAUACGAUACUUGCGAACAGAGCACAGCAUAUGAUGCUGGCAUGCGCCUACUUCGAUGAACACGGUAAUAUCAUGGUCACGAAUGAAGGAACUCUGCCUUCGCAAAGGAUUGCUAAGCGAUUUGUGAUUCAGAAAUUCGACGACCAUUUUGGCAUUCACCAUCCCGUCUUCUUCUGGAUUUGGAAAGUGUCCAAUGACUGGGCCAGUGUCAUGGAUCUGAUCCCUAGGAUGCGUGCUCACCUACAUAGAACAUCUGUCUACUCUGGACAAAACACAGCAACAUCGAGCAGGAGUAGCAUUUACGACGAAGAGAGCUACCACGAUUCGACCAUCUUGUUUAGAGAAGGUUAUUGUGUGGCAGCAGCAGAUCUCGCAGAACAGCUUCAAAAGCCGCUGGACCAGAUUGGUCCUCUCUACGAUCAGGUGUUGGGUACGGGUCUUCUCACGGCCUAUCAAAAUGGCAUCAGGACCCUAGAUAACGGCGGUAGCCAACAAUCCGCGAUUUUUGAAAAGGGCCAGCUUUUAUUCUAUGCUCGAAGGCUGACUUGUUUGGAAAUGGAUCACUACAUUGCAGCUGGUUUCAGGUUUGCUCCAUUCAAUCGCGUUGAGAGUGUGAUUGCAAACACGAUGCAAAUCCCUGUCGGUCUCCUUGCGAUACAGAUGCAGCGUGUGCAGGAUUAUGCAUACAGAGUCAGUGUACCUUCUCCACCAAAACAAGGUACCUACUUCGUCUGCUUUGCUGCUCUUGCUCGAAUUCGCGAUAGUUUCCGAGUUCUCGUACCACUCGAUCGCCAGGAUGAUUUACCAGACGUCCAGGUGUCGCCACAUAAUUUGAACACGGGUCAGUUGGAUUAUCUCAAGCGCUAUACUGGUUGGACGGCUGAAAGGGUUAUCCGCGACCUCAGGCUGAAAGAACAGAAUUGGGAUGUGCUUGAAGACGGCGAAGAAAAGGCGUUCAUCAUCAUGCUUCGAACCGCACUCGCAUCAUUAACGACCAAACUUGGGGAACGAUGGCUCAUGGACCUCGUUUUUUGUGCAGAGCCAACCAUGCUUCGCUAUGGAGCUACCAAGGCACAAAGAGAUGGCAUGACGAUGGUAUUUGGCUUCACCAGACUGGUGGACAUUCACCAGCCAGCUCGCAAACUCCCCGCUGGUCUUACGCUCGCCAACUGGGAUCUUGUGAGAAUGCGACAACACUACUAUCCAGGGUGUAACGAUCACGGCCGGAUCCGAAGAGAGAUCCACGCUGAGUUUGGACCUCUACUCACCAAACACGAAGCGGUUGCUCGAUCAGAAGACCGACGUGUCAAAUCUCGUAAGAUUAGUAGAACACGAUCAGCACUUUCAGAGGACAGUGAUGUACUGAAACCGGACUCAUGGCUGGAAGGCGGACACUUGGAGGCAAGAAGAGGCUCCAUUGACUCAAUCAUCGAGCAUUCUCAGCCGUGGGGCGGUAUCCUCGCGACUACAAACACAGUGAUCGAAGGAAGGUCCAAGUCAGGCAUCGAGUUGCGCAACUUGACACCUCAGGUUACGGCAGGAGCUUCGGCAACUUUGAAGACGAAGGAGCCCAAGACCUAUGUGGAUUGUCUCUAUGAGCAGGCGAAGAGUCACGCAUGCCGUUCCAUGUGUUGAUGGAGAUUCAUGGUCGGUGUGCCUUUUGGGUCUGACUCCUGAGUUGAUUAUGUAUUCUUAUGUCUGUAGCCUGUACCUCCUGCGACUCC